GACUGCUGGAUUGUUUGUUUGCGAAACGAAGAAAACAGUCGUAAUUACCAUUUUUAACUUUACAAAGUGGUCCACGAAAAACCAUCUCUCGGUGAAACAACCAGUUAAGGCGUAAAACACAAAAUGGGAGCCGUUUUGGGCCUAGUUUCAGCAGCCAAUCUGGCAUGCUGCUGUACGGGAACCGCUUGUUCCCUGUGCUGUUCGUUGUGUCCAUCUUCGAUGAAGUCCAACUCGGUCGCCACCCGGUUCAUGUACGCCCUGAUGCUGGUGCUCGGAGCAAUCGUUGGGGCGAUAAUGUUAACACCGGGGUUGCAAGAAGCCCUACGAAAGGUACCGUUCUGUGCAAACUCGACAUCGGUCGUUAAGGAUGUGAUUUCCAUCGACUGUGAUGCGGCCGUCGGUUAUCUGGCGGUGUACCGCAUCUGCUUCGCCCUGGUGUGCUUCUUCACGCUGUGGGCCCUGAUGAUGCUCGGUGUCCGCUCGUCGAAGGAUCCCCGGGCGGCCCUGCAGAACGGCUUCUGGGGCAUCAAGUUCAUGAUCGUGGUCGGCAUUGCGAUCGGUGCGUUCUUUAUCCCCGAGACGGGCUUCGGAGUGGCGUGGAUGUGGGUUGGCCUGAUCGGUGGGUUUGCGUUCAUCCUGGUGCAGCUCGUGUACAUUAUCGAUUUCGCGCACAACUGGGCCGAGGCUUGGGUGAGCAACUACGAGCAGGAUGAAUCACGCGGCUGGUUCGCUGCGCUGUGCUGCGCCACCGGCGUCCAGUACGCGCUUUCGCUGACCGGUGUGGCACUGCUGUUCGUUUACUUCACGCAAGCGGACGACUGUUCGCUGAACAAAUUCUUCAUCACGAUCAACUUGAUCCUCUGCAUCGGGGUGAGCAUCCUGUCGAUUACGCCGCGCGUUCAGGAAGCCCAGCCAAAGUCGGGACUGCUGCAAAGCUCGAUGGUGAUGUUGUAUACCGUCUAUCUGACCUGGUCGGCCGUCGCCAACAACCCGGAUCCCGAAUGCAACCCCGGUUUCUUGGGCAUCAUUGGGGAGAAGUCGAACAAGGUGCACUUCGACAAAACAAGCAUCAUCGGAUUGGUUAUCUGGUUGCUGUGUAUCCUCUACUCGUCCCUGCGCUCGGCUAGCAACGUCUCCCGAUUCUCUGAUCCGGAGAAACAAGAUCUUACAGCUUCUCUCAGCGACGAUGCUGCGGCCGGAGACCGAAAUGGCAACGAGCUACGUGAUAACGAAGAGGAAGCCGUCGCCUACAACUGGUCUCUGUUUCACGUCGUGUUUAUUACGGCCACACUGUACGUUAUGAUGACGCUGACCAACUGGUACCAACCUAACUCGUCACUCGAUACACUGAACGCAAACGCCGCCUCCAUGUGGGUUAAGGUCGUCUCGAGCUGGAUGUGCGUCACGCUGUACGGGUGGACACUUGUCGCGCCGAUAGUACUGUCCGAUCGUGAAUUUAAUUGAACUGACGUGUGCUAGAAUAUU